UGAUUGGCUGGCUCUGAUUGUUUCUUGUCUGGACUUCCCGUUUUUGAGUGUUGUUCUUUAUUUACUGUCCUGGUUUUAGAGUUUUUUAAAAAAAAUACUGGUAGCCAGAUUUGGUUCAUUUUCAUGGUUUCCUCCUUUCUGUUGAAAUUGUCCACAUGCUUGUGGAUUUCAAUGGCUUCUCUGUGUAGUCUGACCUGGUAGUUGAUUGAACUCCUGCAAGGCUUUGUCAAGUUUGGCUGAAGCAACUUCUUGCUGCCUUUUUCGGAAAGAAGGGGGAGAGAGGGUUCCUUUUCGCCUGCUGGAAAGGAAAGCUGAGUCUUGUUUGCGUGUAACUCGAGCCCGCUGAAGGAAGAAAGGAGCAAGGCGCGCCCUUCCCAGCUCGCAGCGGGCGGGACCGGCAGCCGCUGCGUAAGGAAGUGUCCCAACCAACAUCCCUCCCCGCCGUCCGCCAUGACGCCAGAUCAGACGUACUGUGAUCGUUUACAGCAGGACACAUUUUUCCUAACAAGCAACAACAGACUGAGUGAACAGCUAGUUGACAAAAUCAUCCUUCAGCUAAACAGAGUUUACCCUCAAAUUCUCACCAAUAAAGAAGCUGAAAAGUUCCGAAGUCCCAAAGCUUCCCUUCACAGCCGGUUGUCAAACCUUAUAGCCCACUUGCAGAAGAAAGGUGACAAACCAUGUCAAGAAUUCUACCGUGCUUUGCAGAUCAAUGCUGAACAACUGUAUAAUAACUUGCCAAGCAGGAAAAUUCUAAAAACCUCAGAUUCCACAGGGAUAAACUCUGAGAAGGAGCAAUAUGUUCUAAAUGACAGGGGCCCUACAUUUUUUCUUGCUUGCUUCAGCGUUGCUGCAGGGUUGGCGUUCUUCAUGUAUUGCUGUAACCCAGAUUCAAAUAUCUUGAAAGGAGCCAAAAAGGUAUUGGGGUUUUCCCCAAUCAUUAUAGGAAGACAUGUUAGAAACAUUUGCAUGUUGUACAUGGAAGACUCAUCAAGGAAACAAUAAGAAGAAACAGCUUCUGUGGUCUACUGCCAAGGGUCCACAGCGAAUGAAAGGCUGCAUUUCCAAAUGAUAUGCUAUUUUCUUAUGCCAAAGAUAUAAUUAAGACUGCAAUCUUAUAUGCAGUGAACAGGGAGUAAGUCCAUUAAAACCAAUAGUCCUUAAUGUCUGAACAAAGAUGCAUAGGUUUGUGCUCUAAGUGGCCUUAGCAGUGUCUGUAUUCUGCUUUAAAGGGAUUUCUAAAGGUCAACUAUAUGUGCCUUUUACUUUUGAGAGUGGAUUAUUUUUAUACAAACAUAUUUUAAAUUAUUGCUUUGAUAACAUGCAAUUGUCUUUUUUAAUGGAAAUAUUUGAAGAAGCCUUUUGUUGCUGCAAAGCCUUAAAAGUUCAAUCAGGGUUAUUUGUUGUUGGCCUUGUGUUUGCAGGACACAUACAGCAUGGUUUCCACUUCAAAAUAGAUUGUGUGAUUGCAGAGGUUUGCUCUGAAUGUUGGGGCCCUGUUGUGAGGGAUCCUAAGGAAAAAAGAAAAGUAAUUUCCUGGAUGUUCAUCAAAGCAGUCAUGGGCUCCACACAGGAAGCCUCCUGUACUUCCCUGCUUGAUGACAAACAAAAAUAUUCCAUUUGUUACAAAUGUAAACUCUAGCCCUAUUUAAGCAAUACAAAAAAUGGAAGAAACACUGGGUAGAAAGAGUACAUGCUAGGCUCACUCCGUUCUUAUACAUUCCCAUUGUUGUGAAUAAGAGAAUGGUGACUUCUUGAAAGAACGAGUCUUCUCCUGUCUGUCGAGUCCUUCCAAGUUGGUUUGGAGCACUGAGAUAUUGGUGUCCCAGGUUGCCUUUCCAAUCGGUAAACCUAUUCAGAUUGAGAAUGACAGUAGCAGCAACAGACUAGCAUGCCUUUCUUCCCAAAAACAAAUCUUCAUGAGACCUGACUAUAGCAUUUAUGUUACCUCUGAUGGAAAUAUAUGCUGUAGACAUCAUGCUUGGUGCAUCAGCUCAUCCAUUGGCAAUGAAGGGGAUUGUUCUGCAUUAAAAAGUAGCUUGUUCCAGUUUAGGUAACAGGCUUUUUUCAAGCAACACUUGAAAGUAAAGAGCAUCACUUGAAAUGAAAUGAGCCCAAAGCCUUAUUAAGACAUGUGCUGCGUAGUUUUGCUUUUAGGCGUGAGUACUGUCUGUUCUUUCUGUUCUGUACACUCCAGGAAUUCAGAGUGACAUAAAUAACUCAGGCAAAAAAACCAACAACCUGUCAUACAUAUGUGUUUGCUAGUUUAGCUGGAUAAGAUUUCAUACAGUGCCAGUUUCUUAUGCCAGUUUUUAGGGACAUCAUCAUAAUGUGUGAGAAGGAAUUUAGGAAGAUGCAAAUUCCUUCCUUGUUUAAGGUAAAACUGUGGGAAAGAGACCCAUUUAUCUUUAAAACAUUAGUUUCUGUGCCCCAUGAUGUUAUUAAAACAACACAUUCCUCCCAAACCCUCACUAUUUUUAGAACUAAAUGAACUUUUGCCUUUUGCAUGUAUAUUUUUUUUAUAAAGAGCCAUUUAAUUGUUGUCGUCACCUCCCUCAUAUACAAUUGGAAAGCUGGCUAACAAUAGAGACACUGCUGUCUAAAGCUCCACUUGUUGCCCUGAGCAUGAUAUGAGAAUAUAGUCCACCUUUUCCAUAAAUUAUAACUGCAACAUUCCUUCUCAAUGAAUGGGCUCCAUUCCAGAAGAGUAGCCAUUCCACUUUGUUGCCCAAAAAACAAUUGUUGAUCUUGAAGCAAAUAAAGAGCAAAUUAGUAUAUUAUGACAAGAGCUUUGGAAGACUAGAAUGUCCUUCACACAUUUGAUGGGCGAUAGUCCCUGUAAAAGGUAAAGGUUUUCCCCUGACAUUAAGUCUAGUCGUGUCUGAGCUUGGUGCUCAUCUCCACUUCUAAGCUGAAGAGCUGGCAUUGUCUGCAGAUGCCUCCAAGGUCAUGUGGCCAGCAUGACUGCAUGGAGCGCCAUAGAUCAAGAGGUACCCACCCACGAGCACGGGAAAGUACUAUUUGCAUGUUUUCGAAUUAUUUGCACAUUUUCAAACUACUAGGUUGGCAGAAGCUGGGGCUAACAGCAAGAGCUCAGCCCAGUCCCCGGAUUCAAACCGCUAGACUUUUGGUCAGCACGUUCAGCAGCUCAAUAGUUUAAUCUGCUUCACCACCAGGGGCUCCACAUAGUCCCUAUAUAAUUGUGCAAACAUUUGUAGUCUUUAAGGUGACACAAAGCUUCUUGUUUUCUUUAUCACACACAAAAUGGUCAAUAGAAACCCUUCGUCUUUGGAGCAGCGGAAAGCAAGUUUGCUCCUUCUCCUAUGCACAUCACCUCUCAAUCUUCUCCAGACUAAAUGUACUUAUCUCCCUAAAUCGUUUCUGCUAGGGCUGAGUUGCAGAUUUUCUACCAUUUUCAUCAUGGGUGCCCUCCUCUGGACAUGCACUUGUUUAAUUUCAAUUUGUCUUUGUUUGUCAGAAAAAAAUUAUGUAAAUGCACUUCCUAGACUUAUCUGAAAGUAUGGGAAUUAACACUAUGUAAUUUUGUUUUAAAUUUGGCUGCACUGGCAGGGGUUUAUUUUAAUAUGUGACAUCUGUGUCUGUCUUGAACAGAGAGGUUGCUUAUGAGUCUCCUGUCAAGGAUCGUACACAGCAAGUGUCUUCCUUCUAAGGGGAUGUUUAAAAAGAGUCUUCUUAAAAAAACAAAAACAAAUCUACAUGUAACAUAUCCAACGUGUGUUCCCUGUAACUACCACAAGAUGGAGAGCAAGCACCACAACUUGUGUAGCUUUGCAUAGGCAUUUAUGGCACCAUUUAUUUGGAGAAUUUUUGCAGUUGCUCAGAGUCUCCUUUAGCAGUUUUGGGCCAUGACUGCUUGCCCUCAGCUUGUCUAUUGGGAAAAUUAUUAUGUCUACAAUGAGAAGGACUAAUUGUAAACUGUCUUGUUGAACUGACAUUCUGUUUUCUGCAGUAGUACGAGAGAGUUCUCACACCUGAUAUUAAGUUUACCAAAAUACUCUAUAAAAUGAUCUCUCAGAUGAAAAAACCUAUAAAGUAAGUGUGAGAUCUGUUGGCUGACCUGUUUCUCUGAAAGGGAAGGAUAAAUCCAUCAAACUAAUUUAUUUCAAAGAGUAGAUUAUUUUUGCUCCUCAUGAUUUUGCAACAUUUACAUCCAGAAAUUUUUUCCAUGCAUUUCGAUGUGCUUUUCCCAAUUUUCACAUUUUUGUACAGUUUGUCUAACGUAUACAUUUUUACCAUUAGCUUCCCCUUAAAAUGCUUUAAAUAAAUUCUGCAAUAAUAGAUGCAUUUUGCAUGUGUUUUUGUGUCUAUGAAUGUGCCUUUUUCUCUGUGUUCAAGUCAUCUCAAGUGGACUCAUCCAUCAGCUUAUGAUGACUUCAUACAUUUUCUAAGGUUUUCUUAUACUAGAAGUUGUUUGUUGUUGUCUUCCUCUGAAAUAUAACCCACACCAUCUGAUAUUCAAUGGCAGUUCCCUAUCCAAGUACUUACUUACUUACGUACUUACUUAGGCGAUCCCUCGUAGUUCGAAGACGAUUGUUUUCAAUUUCCUUGUGUCCAUUUCUGUUGUCUUGGGGGUGUGUCCGUAGGUGGCUGAAGUCCUAACCAGGGCUGAUCUGAUGCGUAUCCAAGGUCAGUUGGGAACUGGUGUUACCAAAUAUGGUUUAUCCUUGAAUCGCACUUUGUGGUUGUCUGCAAUAAAAUUAUAGAUGUGUCCGUUUCAUACUUAAGAUGCUCUUACUUGAUGACCAUAAUUCUGUGUUUGGCAAGUUUUGACCUCUUUAUUUUAAAAAAAAAUGGCACAUAAAAGUCCAUAUGUUUAAUGCAGUGGUUGGCACCCACUGAGAGUUAUUUAGACUCCUUCCAACUCACAGUAAGAUACAUGUAACAACCAGAAGACAUGUGUCAGGCAACUAGAAGUCACUUUUGAUCACUUUUCUACUUUUUCUACUUGGGAAUGGAGAAAAUUAAAUAAGUUUUUAUAGCCAAAACCACUAUCCAGGGGCUAUUUUAGCCUGGGAAAAGUAUUACUUUGGGGCCUUAAAAAUCAGGUUUAAAGGGACCGGGGUGGCAAGGGCUACAGUAUAAGCGUACCUCCUUCUUAAGGGCUUACAGCAGCUCCCAGGCUGUGGUUGUGCACCUCAAAAGGUUUGUGCAACACUUCAGUAGAAAUUGCUUUUCUGAUGUGUUAUUUAAGUGCUACCCUGCUUCAGGGAUUGUGAGAGGUUCUUGAUAACAGUAGUAUGCAUCAGGUUGAAAAUUGGAGAGUCAUUUCCCUGCAAAACAUUACCCCAGGAUAUCUUUGUCCAAUGUGUUGGCCUGCAAAUAUCAUACAAGCCAGCAAACUUGGCUAGGGUGUGUGGAUGCUGUGAGUUAUAGGCCUGCAGUCCUGUGGGGAGCAAGAUGGAGAAGGAUGCAGGUAAACCUGAUGUUGAAAAAAUAAGGGAACUUACAUAAUCAUCCCAUUGCUCUAAAUAUGUUCAGUGUAUCAUCAUGAAACAUAUUUUAAUUUACUCAGGGAUGGUCUGCAUGGUUUGCAGCAUUUGACUUGAUUUUAGACUCAGGUUCUUGUUAUUACAGUGAAUCCCCAGAGUUUGUCAAUUACAAAGAGAAAUUAUGAUGAUGAAAUAAUUCAUGUAGGGCCCCUUCUACAUGGCCAUAUAAUCCAGAUUAUCAAAGCACAUUAUCUGCUUUGAACUGGAUUAUAUGAGUCUAUAUUGCCAAAUAAUCUAGUUCAAAGCAGAUAAUCUGGAAUUUAUAUAACAGUGUAGAAGGGGCUUGAUCUCGCCUUUCCCACAGAAAUAGGAUGCAAUGUCUUACAGCAAUCCAAACAAAUGCUUAUAAAACAGAAAAAUCAUGCUUGAAUAUAAUUAAACUGUAACAUUAAUCCCAUUAAAAUAAUACAUAGCAAGAAUAAAAUAUUUAGUCUAAGUAUCAAUUUAAAUAGCCUUUUAGAUUUCGCUGUGUCUGUAUUGAUAUCCAAAAAUGUAUAGCAUUUAAUGCUCUGUAAAUUUAUUCUUUCUGGUAUAACAUUCUUGUCAAGUACGUGGCCAAUAUGAAUGAAGGAAGGGUGGCCGGGGGUUGUUAGAAAUGUAAUGUAAUGCACUUGAUCUUUUAAAGCAACAUUUAAUGUUAAUUAAUGUAUACCACGUGUUAAAAAUAAAGUAUCUCAACCAAA